AUGUCUGCUGAUGAUCUGCAGAAUAUCAAAGAUGAAGUCCAACUUGAAAUUUCCCGCGGUGAAUGUGAAGACGAAGAAAACGUACAAGAGGCUGAUCCCGCGUCAGUUUCUUGCACAGACGGUCCGGUGGAACAGCGAGACAUUGUACCGGAAUUACACACUGAUGAAGGCAUCGUACAUGCGGAGCAUGAUGAGUGUGCAACUGAUACUGCUGACGAGAACGUUAUCAAAGCUGAUACGCUAGAGGUUGCAUUUAUUGCUGAAAUGAUCAAAUGGCAAGGAGUCAGUCCAAAUCUUAGACAAUCACUGCCAAAACUUCCUUACACUCCUAAGUUGUUCGCGUGUAUUGAGAGGAUGAACCGAAUUAUACCAGCACACAUUCGUGAAGAAUCAACGUUAGAGGAAGUUCAUUGCAUCAUCUAUUGUGCAGCUCAGGCGAUAACACAAGCCGUCAAAGGCCCCACAAAUCAUGGGCGUAGGGAAAUCAAACUGAAUGCACCAAGAUGGCAACUUAGGAUUGAAAGGAAAGUGGCCAACCUAAGGCAGGAGAUUGGGAGAGUCACCCAGUGUGUCAAGGGGAAUACCUCAAAGAGGUUAAGGGCGAAGAUGGCCCAUAUGAAUGAGGAAAACCUUUUAACCCAUCUUGAUACACUGAAGCAGAAGUUAAAAGUUCAAGCUGCCCGACUCAGAAGAUAUAAAAAAUCAUACCAGCGCCAUUUAGAUAAUGCUCUGUUUCAGCGUAAUGAGAGAGCCUUCUAUCGAAGGAUGGGAAACGCCGCGGAUGUGGGAAAUGCUCCCGAAGAAAUCCCAUCGAAAGAUGACGUAGCGCGAUUUUGGCGAUCCAUCUGGUCAGAGGCCAAGGAGCAUAAUAGCACAGCUCCUUGGAUUGAGCAGGAAACAGUGCGUCAUGCCCACAUUACACAUGAAGGUGAGGUUGAAAUCACUAAGAAAGAUGUGCGGAGAGCAACUUUGCAUAUUCAUAACUGGAAGGCUCCCGGACCAGACAAAGUUCACAAUUUCUGGCUGAAAAAGUUAACAUGUGUGCAUACGCAGCUUUCAAGAAGCAUUCAAGAUAUUAUUACUCAUCCUGACAAAAUGCCGAUAUUUCUGACUGAAGGAGUGACGUUUGCGAAACAUAAAGGAGGCGAUUUGAAGGACCCAUCUGAGUAUAGACCGAUUACAUGUCUCUCCACGCUCUAUAAAGUCAUCACAUCCACUGUAACCCGAUUAAUUGGGAGACAUGUAGCUAAGUGGAAAAUUUUGUGUGAAGAGCAGAAAGGGUGUCGCAAGGGAAGCUUCGGGUACAAAGAGCUGUUAAUAAUUGAUUCGGUUGUGCUCAAACAGGCUGUAAAGGAACGUCGUAACUUACAUGCGGGUUACAUCGACUACAAAAAAGCUUUUGAUUCAAUGCCGCACAGCUGGCUAAUUCACGUUUUAAAUAUCUACCGAGUCCAUCCUGUCAUUGUUCAUUUCCUGAAGAGCAUUUUGGCAUCUUGGCGCACCAGAAUCAUAAUACAAGGAUCGGCGAGUGAAUUGGAAACUGAGGUCAUCCACAUCCUGCGAGGUAUAUUUUUCAAGGUGACAGUCUUAGUGCAUUGUGGUUCUGUUUAG